CUCGCGAUCAACUACCAUGGAGCAAUAACACUCUUGCAAAUGCCUCAUGCGACGAUGGAGGUGGAGACUACAGACCUCGUAAAGUCGAAUGGCGAGGUCAGACUGCAGCGCAAAAAGUCUGCACCCACUUCACAACUAAAUGCAGAGCAAGAGGCGGCGAAGAAGCGACAGCUGCAAGCAAAUCGGCAGUAUGGGCGAGGACAGGCGGUCCGGACGAAGUCCGUCAAGGACAGGAAAUUGCGUGAGAACUUGAAAGCACUCGAGGACCGGAAUAAAGAUGCCGUGCUGCGGGCGAAAGAUGCGGAGAUUCUGCUGGAGAACACUUCUGGCUUUCUGGAGGCAGAGGGAGAACUGGAGCGAACGUACAAAGUGCGCCAGGAUGAUAUCAAGGCCAACAUUGGGGUCGAGACGGCGAAGAAGGGAUUCGAAUUAAAGCUGGACGGUCUGGGCCCGUACGUGCACGAUUACAGUCGGAACGGACGAGAGUUGCUCUUAGCUGGCCGCAAAGGACAUGUCGCUACGAUGGACUGGAGGAGCGGAAAGCUGGGCUGCGAAUUGCAGCUGGGAGAGACGGUCCGAGACGUAAAGUGGCUACACAACAAUCAGUUCUUCGCCGUGGCACAGAAGAGGAACGUGUACAUCUACGACAGCAACGGCAUCGAGAUUCAUAAUCUGGACCAACAUGUCGAGGUCAGCCAUAUGGAGUUCCUCCCCUACCACUUCCUACUCGCGACCAUCGGGAAUGCUGGGUGGAUCAAGUGGCAGGAUACCAGUACUGGACAGAUGGUCACUCAGCUGAGCACAAAGCAAGGCACACCUACAGCCUUCGGGCACAAUCCACACAACGCCAUCCUGCAUGUGGGGCACCAGAAUGGCACGGUAUCACUUUGUUCACCGAAUAGCACAACUCCCCUGGUGAAGAUGUUGCCUCAUCGAGGGCCCGUUCGGUCGCUGGCGAUGGACCGCGAAGGCCGCUACAUGGUUUCCACCGGCCAAGACAUGAAGAUGAGUGUCUGGGACAUUCGAAACUUCCGCGCCGUGCACGAGUAUUCCCUGCGAGCUCCAGGAUCCAGCGUGGCGAUAUCCGAUCGCAACCUGACGGCUGUCGGCUGGGGAACUCAAACCACCGUUUGGAAAGACCUCUUUUCCAAGCACCGAUCCGACGUCAAGGAAGAACAGAUCAAGGCUCGCUCGCCGUACAUGGCAUGGGGAGGGGAGGGUCAGACCAUCGAGAGAGUUCGUUGGUGUCCCUUUGAAGAUAUUCUCGGCAUCGGCCACGACAAAGGCUUCUCAUCCAUCAUCGUUCCAGGGGCUGGCGAAGCCAACUUUGAUGCUCUGGAACUCAACCCUUACGAGAACACGAAGCAACGCCAGGAGGCAGAAGUCAGGAACCUGCUGAACAAACUCCAGCCCGAAAUGAUUAGUCUUGAUCCAAACUUCAUUGGCACCCUGGACUCGGCGUCUAACAAGCAGAAGCAAGCGGAGAAGGACAUGGACCGCAAGACUGGGGCGGAGGCGGAGAGGGAACGGAUCGAGAAGCUGAAGAAUCGGGGGAGAGGCAAGAACAGUUCGUUGAGGAAGUAUCUGCGGAAGAAAGGGAAUCAGAAUGUGAUUGAUGAGAGUAAGGCGAGGGUGCUGGAGAUGAGGGAGCUGCAGAAGAAGAAGGCGAAGGCGGCGAGGGAAGGGAAGAUGGACGACCUGGGACCGGCGUUGGCGAGGUUUGUGAGGCCCGGCGGAUGAAAGCAUACCAGAGGGGGGAGACUGUGCAUAUCAGUUCCGGAUGGAGCCGCUGGGAGCUCAUGCGAGACACACCCAAGAUCUCGACCCAUCGGCGAGAGACAAUGGCUGGGCGAAGCAGUCCAGUCGACCACAUUAUCGCUAAUACGAGAAUACCUUAAGUAUAUGAGCAGCCUUGUGGGCUCCUCAUAUGAUUGCGGUGUUGCUAGAGCUGCUGAGGGUGUGUAGAUGAGGAGUUUGUAGCCGUCGAAUUUCACGAAUCACGAGGCAUGAGAUGCUGGAUAUUGUUCAUACCGCGUUGACGUCUUGCUUCGCGCCUGAGAACAGCAGUGCAGGUUGUACAGAGAG